UUUGCUGAUUACAUGGUAAAAUGAAGCACAUUGUGAAAAUAUUGGCAAUUAUUGUUGCAAUUACUGCUCUUUGGAUUGGCCUUUUGCAAGCCUCUGUUAUUCCUCCUACUCAUACUUGGUGGUUGUUACCUAUUUACUUUGUUAAAUUACUUGGAUGUUAUGGAUUGUUGAUGGUUGGUAUUGGUUUAGUGCAAUUUCCAACUUGUCAUUUGGAAGCUAUUCUACUACAGCAGGAUAUCAUAGAGGCCAAGGGAUUUCUAAAGCAAAAAGGAGUUGAUGUUGGUUCAGAUUGAUGAUGCUCGCAUCUC